GUUCAACUGAGCAGCUCCUGGUGCCAUGGGCAGGGGCUCCCCGGGCUUUGGCCGUGUUGGAGCAAGGGCUGAUGGGUGCAGGGAAGGGAUGGAGGGACCCCAGGUUGUACUGGGCACCCCAACAUCCCUGCAGCAUCUGAGAGCAGACAGCCCUUCCCUGCACAGCACCAGGGUCAGGCCCCGCACACUGUGGGGCCGCCCUUCGCCUCGGGAAAUCGGGCAGCUUAUGGGACACGUGGGGAUCUGCCUGGAGCCUCAUCCCUUCCCCCUGGGAAUCUCCUCCUCGCUCCCAGGAGCCCGGGAAUGACUCAUGUGGUGCCUCUUGCACAGGCGAUGCGUUCCUGCCAAGAGCAAGCACCGACCUGCAGCAGCGCCGGCCUCGGCGAGGGACACCUCGGGCCAGCUAACGGGAUCGGGGAGCCAUGAACUGGAGCGCGUUCGAGGGGCUCCUCAGCGGGGUCAACAAGUACUCCACAGCCUUCGGCCGCAUCUGGCUCUCCCUCGUCUUCAUCUUCCGCCUGCUGGUCUACGUGGUGGCGGCCGAGCGGGUCUGGAGCGACGACCACAAGGACUUUGACUGCAACACUCUGCAGCCGGGCUGCACCAACGUCUGCUUCGACCACUUCUUCCCCGUGUCCCACAUCCGCCUCUGGGCCCUGCAGCUCAUCCUGGUGACGUGUCCGUCCCUCCUGGUCAUCAUGCACGUGGCCUACCGGGAGGCCAAGGCGCAGAGGCUGCGGGAGGCCGGCGGGGACGGCUGCCACCGCCGCCUCUUCACCGACCCCGGCAAGAAGCGGGGCGGGCUGUGGUGGACGUACCUGCUCAGCCUCAUCUUCAAGGCCGGCGUGGACGUGGUCUUCCUCUACAUCUUCUACCGCCUCUACAGGAACUACACCCUGCCCCGGCUGGUGAAGUGCGAGCUGCCCCCCUGCCCCAACGUGGUGGACUGCUUCAUCUCCCGGCCCACCGAGAAGAACAUCUUCACCCUCUUCAUGGUGGUCACCGCCUGCGUCUGCGUCGUGCUGAGCCUCACCGAGGCCGCCUACCUGAUCGGCAAGCGGUGCCGGGAGUCAAAACAGCUGAGUACAGGAGAGGAAAACCACCCCAACCAUUGA